AUGGAAUUCAACACCAAAAACAAGAAGAGAUCUCUCUUCGCUUUGAUUUCACUCGUUUUCCUUUUCUUGCUAUCUUUCAAUGGCGCUUCGAUCUUCUCCGUCAAGAUUCCUUCACUGGGUUCCCACUCGCCGGGAAAACCAGUCCGAGACUCCAGAAACUUGAUCUCGGUAUCUUCUUCCUCAUCGUCGUCUCAUGCAGUAAAAGGAGAAGCUCCGUCUACAAUUUCAAUUCCUCAUUUGAAAUUACAGACCCAUUCCGUCGAAAAACCAGUCGCCAGCGCCGGAGAUUCGAAGAACUUCGUCUCUGUACCUUACUUCAGGUACACGGUACAACACCCACAAAAACAAAUGGCUCCGGCGAAAGAAGAAACCCAAAAUAUAAAUCCAAACACCCAUUUGCCUCUUUUGCGUAAAUCCCACAGUUUAUCAGUUGAAUCUGAGGAUUCCCCAAUCAGAAACAAGAAACUCUUGAAGACGUUGGCUACUUUGGGGUCUUCUCGCGGCCGCCGGGGAGACGAUUUUCCGGCGAGAGUAAAGGAACAUUUUAGCAAGAAGAACGACAGCGUUUCAUGCAAGGUUCGUUUCUUUAUGACUUGGAUUUCUCCAUUGAAGUCGUUUACUGAAAGAGCAUUUCACUCCAUCGAAUCCAUAUUCAAAACCCAUCCAAAUGGGUGUCUUCUGAUUGUAUCAAACUCGUUGGAUUCGAUCAAAGGACGACAGAUUCUGAAACCCUUUUCGGACAACGGGUUCCGAGUAACUGCAGUUUCUCCUGAUUUCUCUUAUCUGUUCAAGAACACCAUGGCAGAAUCUUGGUUUUCAAGGCUAAUCCAAGGUCAUGUUCAUCCUGGUGACAUCCCAUUAGGCCAAAACAUAUCCAAUCUCCUUCGUCUUUGUUUGUUAUAUAAAUAUGGUGGAGUUUAUAUCGACACAGAUGUUAUUGUCUUGAAAAGUUUCGCCAAAUUGAAGAACUCGAUCGGAGCACAAACAAUCGAUCCAAAUUCCAAGAACUGGAGCAGGUUGAAUAAUGCAGUCAUGGUGUUCGACAAAAUGCAUCCCUUACUCUACAAAUUCAUUGAAGAAUUUGCUCUAACUUUCAAUGGUAAUAAAUGGGGUCACAAUGGUCCUUACAUGGUUUCAAGGGUGGUUUCAAGGCUGCAAGGGAGACCUGGAUUCAAUUUUACCGUUUUACCCCCGAUGGCGUUUUAUCCUGUUAACUGGGACAAGGUCCGGAUCCUCUUUCGUGGGGCUAAAAACGAGUCGGAUUCAAGAUACUUGAAGGGUAAACUUGAGCAGAUUCGAAACCAAAGUUAUACCGUUCAUCUUUGGAAUAAGCAAAGUAGAGUGUUUCAUAUCGAAGAUGGGAGCAUUCUUAGAAAGAUUUUAUCUGUUCAGUGUAUUUUCUGCGGUUCAUCUAGCAACGAAUAUAUCGCAAAUACUAUAGGAUAA